AUGGCGCAGACAUUUCAACAGGUGCACCUAAAUCAUGCAAUCCCUGGCCUUGAAAAGACUUUCGAGAUAACCUGUUCUGCGGGCACUGAUAUCUGGGACAAACCUCCUUCCACUCACUCUUUCAAUGCGCCCAUCAUAUAUCAGACCACGACGGUGGGGUCUUUCAAGUCUGCGCGGGUCACGGUUUCAGCCGACUGGAAGGACAAGUAUGACCAAGGCGGUUUAUGCCUCGUCGUUCAGACAGCCGACACCACACGUUGGGUAAAGACUGGAAUCGAAUUCCUGAAUGGAGAACCAAAUGUGAGCACCGUUGCCAAAGACCGCUGGUCGGACUGGAGUCUUCAACCGUUAUCGUCGGACCCCGUCCAAAGGGCAACUAUUGAGAUCGAAUACGCAAACGACGGCAGUCUAUGGGUAUGGCUGAUGUCCACGAAUUCUCAAAAAUUGCCGCUGCGAGAAGUUACUUGGUGGGGAGAUAUUGGCAAAGAUACCAAGUGCUGGGUAGGCGUAUAUGCCGCGAAACCUGCACCCCACGGAGAGAAGGAUGAUCUGGUAGUCCAGUUUGAUGGGCUAUCUAUUCGGACAGGGUGA